UUGGAGUCAGAGCCAUACAGGUAACUCAGGGGGAAAAAAUAGCAAGCAGUGAAAAAAACCUCCGGGGCUUGCUAUGGAGUGCGUGUAAAAGCAACACGGAUUUCCACCCUUCUUCUUUACCAGUUAAACCAGUAUCUCUGGAUAGAACAUUCUCAAGUUUUGGAACAGGUAGAGUCUUUGAACAAAAACUCUCGUGUCUCCUUUGAAAAAUAAUCUCUUUUCUGUCUCCCGUUUACUUACGAUUGAGUUUCCAGAUCUUUUGUUCGCUCUACUUAUCACUUGGAAAAAGGUGAACCCUCGUGUUAUUUUUAUUUGAUCUUUGCUUUAAUUGUAGUUUUUACCCUUGUGGUCCCUGAUGGCUUCGCACAGUGAUACUCUGGUGGUGUUCUUUGGGGCAACAGCUGGUGCAAAUGGGGGUAAACUGGGUUCGGAUGAAAGGGAAAUAAUUCUCUUGGUGUGGCAAAUUGUGGAUCUACAUGAGAAAAAGGUCGGCAAACUUCAUAGAUGUCUCGUCAAGCCAGACACUUUGGAGUUGACAGACGAGUGUAAGGAAGAGACGGACCUGAUUGUGGACGACCUCACCAAGGCCGACCCCCUGGACAAGGUUCUGCAACAGUUCCAGCAGUCCGUGCAGGCAGAGUUGGAGGAUCUUGGCAGGAAUUCCUUCACACUCUGUGUUGACGGCCCCCAGGUCAUCCGACAGGCCCUCCACCCGGAAGCGUCCAAAAAGAACCUCGUGCUCCCGGAAUGUUUCUUUUCGUUCGUGGACCUGCAGAAGGAGUUCCACAAAUGCUGCCCAAACGCCGGCCCUGGGGAGGACCUCAAUAUCUCCUCCAUGCUGGAGUACCUGGGUCUUUCUUCCGUGUCAGAGCACGCGUCCGGGCUGCUCGAUGUGAGGAACAUGGUUCAGCUGGCACUCCACAUCAUGGCAGAGCCUCUCAACCACCGAUUCUCCUGCUUUGAGUCGGUGAAGUACAAGUUUGAGUCGGGCACAUGCAGCAAGACAGAUCCGGUAGACAGUGAGACUGUGAUCCGAGCACGGGGCCUUCCAUGGCAGUCCUCAGACCAGGACAUAGCCCGCUUCUUCAAAGGCCUCAACAUCGCCAAAGGAGGGGUGGCCCUGUGUCUGAACGCACAGGGCAGGAGGAACGGGGAGGCGUUGGUUCGCUUCGUGAACGAGGAGCACCGGGACCUGGCCUUGGAGCGCCACAAACACCACAUGGGUAGCCGCUACAUCGAGGUAUACAAGGCAACCGGGGAGGAAUUCCUUAAGAUCGCUGGAGGCACAUCCAACGAGGUGGCCCAGUUCCUGUCCAAGGAGAACCAGGUGAUCAUCCGCAUGAGGGGGCUCCCCUUCACGGCUACGCCCCAGGACGUGCUCUCCUUCCUGGGCCCCGAGAGCCCCGUGACGGACGGCGCCGAGGGCCUGCUCUUCGUCAAGUACCCCGACGGCCGGCCGUCGGGCGACGCCUUUGUGCUGUUCUCCUGUGAGGAGUACGCUCAGAACGCCCUGCGCAAGCAUAAGCAGAUCCUGGGGAAGAGGUACAUCGAGCUGUUCCGGAGCACCGCCGCCGAGGUGCAGCAGGUGCUGAAUCGCUACAUGUCUGCACCGCUGAUCUCCACGCUGCCGCCGGCGCCCAUUUUGCCAGUUAUGGCCACGCCCCCCUUCCUGGCCACGGCCAACACGCGGGACUGCGUGCGCCUGCGCGGCCUGCCCUACACGGCCGCCAUCGAGGACAUCCUGGAGUUCAUGGGGGAGCACACGGUGGACAUCAAGCCGCACGGAGUCCACAUGGUUCUCAACCAGCAGGGCCGUCCCUCGGGCGACGCCUUCAUCCAGAUGAAGUCCUCUGACAAGGCCUUCAUGGUGGCCCAGAAGUGCCACAAGAAGACCAUGAAGGACCGCUACGUGGAGGUGUUCCAGUGCUCCACGGAGGAGAUGAGCAUCGUGCUGAUGGGAGGGACCCUCAACCGCAGCGGCCUCUCUCCCCCGCCCUGCAAGCUGCCCUGUCUCUCCCCCCCCACCGCCUACGGAGCCUUCCCCAGUCCGGCCAUGUUGUCGGAGGCGGGGCUCUACCAGCCCCCCCUGAUGGCGUCCCCCCGACCUCAGCCCCAGCACAGCGGCCACUCGCCCACCCCCGCCCUGGCCUACUACCCCCCCCAGCCCCACCUCUACAUGAACAUGAACUACACUGCCUACUAUCCCAGCCCCCCGGUCUCUCCCUCCACGGUGGGCUACUUCGCCGCCCCCCCGGGCGCCAUGGCGUCGGCGGUGUCCCAGUCCCACCACCCGGCCAUGAUGGCGUCAGCCCAUGGCUCCCUGGUGCGCAUGCAGGGGCUGCCCUACAGCGCCGGGGUCAAAGACAUCCUCAGCUUCUUCCAGGGCUACCAGCUUCCACCAGAGGGCGUCAUUGUCCUGUACAACCUCAGUGGCCAGUGCAGCGGUGAGGCACUCGUAGCCUUCCCUAGCGAGGAGCUGGCUGGGCAGGCUGUGCUGGAGCGCUCCCACCACCUCCUCUACGGCCACCCCAUCCGCCUGGCCUUCUGUACCUGACCCCCCCCCCCCCCCCCCCCAUUCUUCCACAA